CUACGUCGAUAUAGCUAUGGUCGCAACAGUUACAUUUAUGGUACAAAUGUUUACACGAUCACUUUACUUUUGUGGACAACAGACAUUGCACGUUGAUUAAUUAUUUUGAAUGUCUUCUCAAGUAAAUAUGCAUAUAUAAAUCAUUCAUCAUAUUGCAAACAAACAUACAUAACAUUCUGUAUAUUUUUUAGUCUUAUGGAAGGAUUAAGAAAAGGAGCUUGGAGUAAAGUGGAAGAUGAACUUCUCACAGAUUGUGUGCGACAAUGUGGGGAAGGGACAUGGCACCUUGUGCCCAUAAGAGCAGGCUUGAAGAGAUGCCGGAAAAGCUGUAGAUUGAGGUGGUUGAGUUAUUUAAAACCAACUAUCAAACGUGGAGAAUUCUCAGAUGAUGAAGUUGAGAUGAUGAAAAGAUUGCAUAGACUUUUGGGAAACAGAUGGACCCUAAUUGCUGGAAGACUUUCUGCAAGAACUCCUAAUGAUGUGAAAAAUUACUGGAACACUCAUAUUCAUAAAAAGGAAAAAUCUACAAAUGCAAAGACAAAAGAAAUAAUGAAAACUCAUUUAGUGAUAAAACCACAACCAUGGAUUUUCACAAGUACUAAUUCAGCAAUGUUGAAAAUGAGGUUUUCUAGUGAAGAUCAAAGUGGGCCCAUCAAACAGUAUCAUACUCAAGCUGCAUGUGAUAAUAAUAUAGAUGGUAAGUGGUGGGAAGCUAUGAUAGAUGAUGACAAGGGAAACAAUCCAAAAGAUAAUGAUGGAUAUGAGAUGCUAGACUUUAAUGUGGAUGAGUUUAUGGCAAAUGGUCAAAGUUGGAAUGAUUUUCUUAUUGAUAUUAAUUCUUUGGAUUUAUAAGUUAUAACAUUACUAUGAAGGUUUUUAGAGUUGGUAUUUCUUAUUUUCUUAAAGAGUAACUACAUUAAUAACUAUUAAGCUAAGAAUUAGGAGUUGGUAAAUUAUGUUUAACACUCUCCCUCAAACUGAAAAUGGAUGUUGUGGAUUCCAAGUUUGUGAGGUAAUGCAUUAAAUGAUCCAUGGUGUGGUGCUUUCGUGAAGAUAUUAGCAUCUUGUUCUGAUGAAUGGAUUUACAUCAAAUGUAUGACUUUGUCUUGGACUUUAUUAUGGACCACAUGACAAUCCAUUUUUAUAAUUUGUGCACUCUUGGAAAACUUUGUUGUUAGGCAAUAUUUGUGGAAGACUUGUUAUCACAGUAAAAUUAUGAUAGGUUUUAUGUGAUGAAUGUCAAGAUCUUGGAGGAGGUAUUGUAGUCAUUGAGCUUCGCAGGUGGCAUUUGCAAGGGCAUUAUACUCCGCUUCACAAGAAGAUUUAGACAAAAAUGUUGCCUUUUGCUUUUCCAAUAAAUCAACUGAGGUUUCUAUGUAAAAAUAGAAGCCAAUAAUGGAGCAUCUCAUUGAAUAGGUGCAAGAUCCCCAUUUAGAAUAUGUGAGCCCUUUGAUUUAUUAAAGGAUGCAUAGUGUCAUUUGAAGGUGAAUAUUUGUAGGAUUUGAGAGGAACCGACUUAAUAUGUAAAUAGCAAAACUAAUGUUAGGUCAUGUAUGGGUUAUAUAAAGUAGAUUACCUAUAUGGCUUUUGAAUGAAGUGGGUUUCAAUAAAUUAAUGUUUGUGUUUGUAUUUAGCUUGUAAGUAAGUUUCAUUGGAGUUUAUGCAAGUUUGACACCAAGGAGUCUUGUCUCU